GACUACUCUCUCAUAUAUCACACUUGAAAUCCCAAAAAUGUCUGAAAUCCGAGACGAGUUCGGCAACCCCGUCCCGCUCACCGACCAGUAUGGCAACCCAGUUCAAUUGACAGACGAGCUAGGCCGCCCCAUACACCUCUCUGGCAUCGCCACCACCGAGGGCGCACAAGGCCAAGCCAUCCGUACCGGAGAGCACCACACCGGUACACAAGGCUCUACAGGCACCGGUCUCCACAUCCCUGGCACGGGGACACACGCUCCAGGCACCGGUGUUCAUGUCCCCGGCACCGGCCAACACGUUCCGGGCACAGGUGCACACAUUCCGGGGACGGGCAUACAUGUCCCGGGUACAGGUGAACAUGUUCCGGGGACAGGUGCACAUGUCCCGGGUACAGGUGCUCAUGUUCCGGGCACUGGUGCUCACAUGCCGGGAAUGACUGCGGGUGAUGGUGUUGGUCUGAUGGCUGCCGUGCACGUAACCGAUAAACCCAAAACUGUAGGUGAGCAUCUUCACCAGGAACGCCACACCGGCGUGGCCGGUGAACACCGUCGCAGCUCUAGCUCUAGCUCUUCGGAGGAGGAUGACGGGAAAGGAGGGAGGAUUAGGAAGAAGAAGGGACUGAAGGAGAAGAUAAAGGAAACCUUUGGAGGUAAGCACAAGGAUGAGCAUCCGCAGGCGGGGCCAACCUUCAAGACCCCAACGACUACUCCACAAGAGCAUGAGAAGAAAGGCAUGAUGGAGAAGAUCAAGGAGAAGUUGCCUGGUCACCAUGCCCACUGAUGAUCGAUCGAGUCGAGCUUAGCAUGGUGUGCUUAGUGCAGCUAGUUGUAUCAUAAACUAUAACGUGUUCGUGUCUAGCUAGCUAGCUUAGCUGGGUGUGAAUUAGUUGAUGCCUGGGAAGGCAUUAAUGUAAUAAACAAGUUUGCUUAGUUACUGUAAUUGUGUAUUCAUUAGUUGAAUCAAUUGCAAGGGUUUGCUUU